AUGGCAUCCAAAAUCAGUCGGAUAUUGAACAAAAAUUCAAAGAGACAUUCACAUUAAUUAAUGAAUUGGAAGCCGAUAAUAAUUAUCAACAUAACUCAUAUAAAUACAAAUAUCAUACAACUUAUCAUAACUAUCUAAGCGUAGUUGGUGAUGAAGAAGGUGCCAAUAAACACGAAAAAAUAGCGAAAAAAUAUGAAAAGUUUGUGAAUGCUCAUACUGAGGAAAUGAAACCCGUAUUGUAUGCGACUGAUGUAGAAUCAAGUGCUGAUAAUCAGGAUAGUAAUCUUGAAAACAAAAUUUUAAAAGAAUUAGACCAGAUUCGACCAAUUUUAAAAGAUGAAUUGACUGAAAGUGAUGUGGUAGAAACACUUAUUAGUGAGAUAAAACGGGUUUUUGAAAAACUUAGCAAGGUACCCAAAACCUUUGAAGGUUAUCGAGAAGCAAUAGAUUGUGAGAUUUAUAUGAAUAGAAUAGUAGAAGGCUUAGUUCAUGAAAAGUUAAUCGUUUUAAAAGGUAAUAGUAAUAGUGAAAAAAAACAUGACAAUAAGUCUUCAAAAAUUAAAAACGUUAGUAUUGAGUUGAUAGGCCAUUUGAGAUGUUUAGAAGCAUUCGCACAUGACGCAGCAUAUUCAAAAAGAAUAGAAAUUGUUUCAUAUUUGUCGGAUUCUUCAAAUAAGUUAGAGAUAUUGUUUAGGAAUGUUAUAAAUACAGAGGAAGAAAUUAAUAAACGCGCUAGAAUUCUUAGUUCAUGGUUUCAUCCAGAUAAAACAAAAAAUCCAACAAGUCCAUAUAUGCUUCGAGACAAACAUAAAAGUCAAGGCGAUGAAUUAUUUAAACUUAUUCUAGGAUUUAAGGAACAUUUAUUGAAUAAGUUGAAAAAAACUUUAGAACUAGAUAACUAUGUACAAUAUGGACGUGAACUUUGGAUAACUACUCUUGAUUAUAAUAACGCAUCAAAAGGACAAUGGGAUAAACUAAAAGAAUUAAAAGAAGAAAUUGUCAAAGAGCUCCCUUCUGAGUCAUUAAAGCAGCAUAGCAUGAUUUAUGGAGAAUUGGCUUACCAUCAAUAUCGAGCAGCAUGUAAAAUUGCGGAUAGAGCUAAACUGCUAAAACAACAAGUAAAAUUGAGAGAAUAUAUGGCUUUGUGCUUAUAUCACACAAAUAAGUUUCUAGAAGCACCGUUAUAUGCUUUAGCUGCAAUUCUUUUACAAGUAAAAAAUUCAACUAAUUUUACGCAACAAGAAUUGGAUUAUACAAAAAGUGUACUUGAUAAAGUUAAUAGCAGAAAAGAGGAGGUAAAAAGGGAUGAAGAAGGAGUGUCUUCCGACACGAAUACUGAUACUAAAUUAGAGAGUGACCUUACUAAUGCAAUGUCUUUAAUAAGAACAAAUGAUAAAAAAGAGCUCUCUCUCGGUAAUAAAGCAGUUAUUCAGAAUUCAAUCAAUAAAAAUUUAAUUAGCACGGCUUCUAAAUUACUUGUUAAGGCGGAACGGAGGUUAGUUUGUUAUGAAACAUCAUAUAAAGAGAUUUUGCAGACCAUAAAGCAUGCAAAAUCGUAUAAGAUUAAAGGAGCUGCAGUUUCUGCGGGAGGAUUAGGAGUAGUAUUAACCGCUGGAGUAAACUUUGCACUUGCUGGACCGCUAGGAUUAUUUGCAGGAACAACCUGUCUUGUUGCAGGGUUAUGUUAUGGUUAUUACCUGUUCAAAAAAGGCGAUGAGAUGUUUAGAGAACCAAGGGUUCGAGAAAGACUCAAUAAGCUCAUAAAUAAAGCGUUAAGUGCAUAUGAUGGCGAAAAAUAUCAAGAGUUCAUCAAAGUUCUUUCAGAGGAAUAUGAUGAAAACAAACGUCUAUUAAUUUGCCAGGAUAGUAUCGGUAUUGUAGAAAAAGAUAUAAUCAAGACACUUAAAUCACAUGGAUUCCGAUCGGACGGAAUCGCAUACUUACUCGUUGUAAUUGGCGAA